AUGAAACGUCAUAAUAUUACUGCAUUACGUCAUGAAAUUCGUCGACAACGUCGAAAUAAUGUACUUCUUUUACUUAUUGUAUCAUUAUAUGCAAUUAGUUGGUUACCAUUUAAUAUUUCAUAUAUUUUAGUUACAUAUACUAAUCGAUUUCACACAUCAGACGAUGUUCAUUCCUUUCCGGACCAAAAAUCAAAUGAAUUAUCAAAAUAUCUUCCAUUACGUUUUCUUAUAUGUAUGAUAUCAGCAAUGACAAAUCCAUUUCUUUAUAGUUAUUUUAAUGAAACAUUUAAAGAUGGUUUACAAAAAUUCUUUUCAUUAUGUUGUCCACGAAUGAAUAGAGAAAUAAAACAAGUUUCUUUUAAUCAGACUCUAUGUUCAACAAAUAAAAUAAACUUAAACAAAAAUAAUCUUAAUAAUAGACAAUCAAAUUUAAUGCAUAAUCAAUCAUUAAAAAUAUUUAAUGGAAAUCUAAAACACAGUUCAUCAAAUUCUCGACUACGUGAUGAUUCAUCAGCAAGAUUAGUUAUUUUAAGUUCAACUAAUUUUCCUAAAUCGAUUUUAUCUUCUAUGUAA